CCAGUCAUCUCAUAGUCAUUUCACAGCCGUCGUGUCGAGAUGAAAGUUGCAGUUUUGAUUGUAUUGGUUGCCCUGGUGGGCAGCACCGUUGCCCUCUCCCUUUCACGUGCCGGUCCGCCAGCCAAGAAAAGGCCAGCUGACUCCAACAAGAAGGUCGAUCAACAGGUUGAUGCUCUUGAUCAGAAUGAGAAGUCCCAACAUAUCGAGCUGGAAUUGAAGCAAGAUCAGCCCAAGCCUCAGCACAUCGAUGUGGAAGUCAAGCACGAUCAGCCCAAGAAGCAGCAUGUUGAGGUAGAGAUCAAGCAGGAUCAGCCCAAGAAGCAGCAUGUUGAGGUGGAGAUCAAACACGAUCAGCCCAAGAAGCAACAUGUUGAGGUUGAGAUCAAGCAGGAGCAGAACAAGCCCCAACAUGUUGAGUUUGAGAUCAAUCAGCAGGAGCUGCAGGAAGCAGAACAUGUCAAAUAUGAGAUCAAGCAGCAGCAGAGGCCACAGCAUGUGGAGUUUGAGAUCAAGCAGCAGCCGCAUUUACUGGAGGCACCACAUGUCCAAUAUGAGAUCAAGCAGCAGCAGCAGCAGCAGAAGCCACAGCACCUUGAGUUUGAGAUCAAGCCGCAACACGAAUCGCAGUACAUUGAAUUGGAACUGGCUUAAGCUAUCUCUGAAUGGUAUCAAAUAUACGAUUAAAGACA